AUGAGGGCAUUUCCCUUCUCCUUGAAAGAUUCUGCGAAGGACUGGCUGUACUACCUGUCACCAGGUAGCAUCACCACGUGGGACCAAUUGAAGAAAAAAUUUUUGGAUAAAUAUUUUCCUGCAUCCAGGGCUGCAAGUCUGAGGAAAGAAAUUUGUGGGAUCAAGCAGCAUUCAGGGGAGUCACUCUAUGAGAGCAUAAUUGAUGCUGCGAGUGGAGGGGCACUGGUGAACAAAACCCCUCAAGAAGCACGGGAGUUGAUAGAGAGGAUGGCAGAGAAUUCACAACAAUUCGGUACGAGGGAGGAUUUUUCAAUACGCAGGGUGAAUGAGGUAGAGACACCCUCCAUGCAGCAGCAGCUAACUGAGUUGACCGCGUUUGUUAGGCAACAGGCUGUGAGAAAUGCAUCACAAGCCAGGGUAUGCGGGAUUUGCACUGGUAUAGGUCACUCUGCAGAUAUGUGCCCAAUGAUUCAGGAAGAAACUGCAGAACAGGUGAACAUGGCUGACCACGCGCCCGUGCAAAGGAAGCAGUACGACCCUUACUCAAGCACCUACAACCCCGGGUGGAGAGAUCAUCCCAACCUCAGUUAUGGAGGGAAUAGGCAACCCAACUUUACACCGAACAGGCAGUCUAACUUUGUGCCAAAUAAGCCACCAGGGAUGGAGGCAACCAUUAUGCAAAAUCAGCAAAGGACGGACUCCGAAAUGCAGGAUAUAAGGAAUCAGAUAAGUCAAAUGGCCACAACAAUUAACCGUUUGGAUUCCCAGAACCAAGGGAAGCUGCCAUCUCAACCUGAGUUGAACCCGAAGAAUGUGAGCGCCAUGACCCUAAGGAGCGGGAAAGAAAUUCAGGGGCCUGAACCUGUGAUCCCUAAGGAUAAGGAUGAGGAAAAGAUCGAAAAUGAGCUUGAAAGGGAGAACAGCAAUGGUGCAGAUCUAAAGGUACUUCCUGACCCAGUAAUUACAGUUAAAACUAACCCGCCUCCUUUUCCUAGCAGGUUAGAAAAACCAAAGAAGCAGGAUAAGGAAAAGGAGAUUUUGGAGGUUUUUCGCAAGGUCGAGAUAAAUAUCCCCCUGUUAGACGCGAUCAAACAAGUACCAAAAUAUGCCAAAUUCCUAAGGGACUUGUGUGUCAACCGAAGGAGGUUGAGGGGAGAUGAACGGGUCAUUGUUGGGGAGAAUGUGUCAGCGGUCCUGCAGAGAAAACUUCCACCCAAGUGCGGGGACCCAGGUAUGUUUACUAUCCCCUGUAGGAUAGGGAACACUGUGAUUAGAAGGGCCAUGUUGGAUUUGGGAGCAUCAAUUAAUGUCAUGCCUAAAUCUAUAUAUGUUUCUCUGAAGUUAGGUCCAUUAAAAGAAACUGGAAUAAUCAUUCAAUUAGCUGACCGCACUAAUGCAUAUCCUGAUGGGUUGAUUGAAGAUGUGUUGGUAAAAGUAAAUGAUUUGGUGUUUCCAACUGAUUUUUAUGUAUUUGAUAUGGAUGAUUGA